AUGUGGUUUCAUUGCAGUUGUGAGGUCUCAAUUUGUGGUAUUCCCUCGUUUUUGAUCUUGGAAUUUCUCUUCUUACUUUUGGUUUGGUUUCAGUUACCUCGACGAUCUCGACCCAGUGUCCCCAACCAGAGUUCCGCACCUCUUCGAUUUCAACCCCAUGAUUGUUGUUGUGAUGAGAAAUUUUUGAAUGAACUAAACAGUUUCGCCCCCAAAACAGAACCUAAACAAAAUUCAGAUUCACAGACUAAUCUUACCGAACAGGUGAAGAAAACCGAAACAGAUUCCAUCCGAUCCCAAGAAAUUCCCAUGACCACAUCUCCAAACGAGCACCGUCCACAUACCUGGUCGAUCUCCUCGUCUAGUGCUUCCCUAAGUACGGACGAAUAUGGUUUAUCCAAAGAUGGCUACCCUGCACAUACAGACACAGAACAAUUGCCCGAUAGCACUUCACCAAAUGCACCCAUGGUUGUGUCUGGAUCGGUCAGUCAAGGCCCUACUCCGGUGCAUCAGUCCAAACACUGUUUCGUGGAUGUCGAUUGUGAGACAACUUGGAGUUGUGGUCCUCAUGGAUAUCGUGUUCUCUCAUUAGACGGAGGCGGAGUUCGUGGGCUUGUUUUGGUUCAAAUGUUACGAGCCUUGGAGAAAGCUUCUGGUCGACGCAUCACCGAGUUGUUCGAUUGGAUGGUCGUGUGUUGUGUUUUCAUAUGUAUGCAUAGAGCUAUUGAUUCGAGUAGGUCUCUCAAGCCCCCAGGUUUGUGUCCGAAAGACUGCUACUGGUGUGUUGAACACAUUGAAAAAUGUGGCAGCGAACCGACAGCAACGGCGUUCUUGUUGUCAUUUCUUAUCAGACCAGAGUGCUUGAACGGGAUAUGUAUGUACCGUUAA